UUUAACGAAGACUUCUGGUAGAGGGUAGGUGUUUGAAAAUCGAUUUUUAAUUAGAAAAUAAAGGUAAAACAUUAUAGAAAAGACCCCCCCACCAUAUAAAGAGGGGUGUGUGUGUUGGAUGUUAAAAAUGGAACUAGUUAAUACGUUCCAUAGUUUACAUAUCGAAAAUGAUGCGGAUAAGGACGGAGAUACCAUUCUUCAUGUGGCAAUAAUAUGCUAUAUGAACGACCAUGCUCUGACACUCAUCGAUAAAAGCUGGUUGAAUAUUCAGAACUAUCUUCUUCAGACUCCGUUGCAUCUCGCUGUAUUAACUAGUCAGAUCAAUAUAGUUCGAGCUUUGCUGAGCAAAGGAGCUAUUGCGACUCUUCGCGACCACAAGGGAAAUACGCCUUUACAUAUCGCGUGUGAGAAAGGCGACAGGUAUUCCGUAGACGCUCUUGUUCGAUCUAUCAGUGACAUUUCGAUUCAAAAUUGCGAAGGGUUGACGUGUGUUCACGUGGCGUCCAUGCGAAGAGAAUUCUUCAUUUUAGGUCUUUUGUUUCGCAGAGGCGCCGACGUCAACAUUGGUAAAAGCGGAAGAACAGCGUUACAUUACGCCGUCGAGAAGAACAAUAUAGAAAUGGUUCGUUUCUUGCUGACGCAUCCGGAUAUUGAAGUAGAUCGCGAGACGUACAAAGGCGAAUCUGCGCUGUAUAUGGCAUUCUGGAGAAAUAAUCUGGGGAUCGUGAAGGAGUUAAUAGAGAAAGGAGCGUAUUUCGAUUACGGAUAUUUCGAGAAAGGUGUUAUGACAAACUGACAUACUCAAAGCCUGUAACAUUUCGAGGAAACAAUGGAAAAUAGUCGGUAGCGGAGGAUGUUUGAGCUCGGCGUAUCGAGUAUGAGUCUUACCUACAUGACCUUGGAUUAAUGUGACUUUGUUUCUAACAUUCUCGCAAACAGUCCAUGUUCAACUAAUUCUGUCAAACAGUCCACUAAAUCGCAACGAUUUACUCUCAAAGCAUCUUUAUGUUUGGCGUCCAUGAUUUCAAAAUAAAACAAGAGCACCGCCUUGCGGGUGCUGACGCUCAUCUGAUUUUUUUUUGUGUAAUAGAAAUAUUGUCCUACCCAUGAUUUUCUAAGUCUAAAAAGGGCCAUCAUUCUUGCAAAAAGCAGGAUAGAGUUAUGUUUCUUGAUGUACAGUGUCCACUUAUGAUGGUGAAAAACUGUUGCAAGUUUUAAAGCAAUAGCUUUGAUAGUUUAUGAGAAAAGUUGACUUAAACAUAAUACUCAACCAAGAAAAUAACAAAUGACAAAGGGGCAAUAAUUAUUGCAAAAAGCAGGAUGGAGUUAUGUUGCUUGCUGUACAGGGUCAGCUUAUGAUGGUGAACAAGUGUUGCAAGUUUCAAAG